CGCACCUGGAUUGGACCACAUGUUCUGGUGGUCUGAGGUCACGACUACUUAAAUCUAGACCCAACGCUAAAGCAGAACAGCUCUCCCAAACGUCCAGUUGGCACAGGAAAGGGUUGGAAAAUCCAUUGCCACGAUAAUGUCUUAUUUUUCGUGCGUUUACUGCGUUUUGCUGUUGCUAUCUGGGGUUUUGGGCACAUACCCGCCGAGCGGACUGGAUCUCCACCACAUAACUGCGCAAAGUUAUGCACAGACUAGAAAUAUAGCCCGACCACCGCAUAGAACGCUGAAUCCAUCAAUUCACGGAAGUGAUUACAGGUAUAGAGGCUAUCACUACCAUCACCAGCCACCCAGGAUCCCACCGCCGGUAGUGUAUCAUCCCAUCCCUCUAUCUCCCCCAGUGACUUACCACCACAGACACUCGUUCCCCAUGCCACCCCCCUACCACCACUUCAAUGGUGCCGUAGCCCCCCAGUGGCACAACAUCCACAGAGCCCACUCACCCCCUGUAGUCCACCAUCACAGGGCUCACCACCCCUUCCCCGCAGCUGGCUAUUACAGACACCGAGCUGUGUGUCCGUCACCCCCGCCCACAGUGCAGCCAGACCCCACAGUAGCAGCAGCCACCUCUAGCCCCACCCCAGUGGUUUACCUCCCCACCACCACCUCCCGGCAAGAGUUGCCCUCUACAACAGUGGUAAGCCAGGCCACUGUGCCCCCCACACUACCGGUGACCACCCUUCCACCUGUGACCACUUCCGCCCCCAUGUUGGUGACUGAGACCACAGAGGCCCCGGUGGGGACCCCCGCUCCUGUGAUGCUACCGGUCAGUACCCCAAGCGGCAGCAGCACCAGCGUCAGUCCUGUGGAGACAGAAACCGAUUCUCAGUGCAGGAGCCUUCCCCUGGAUCUGGUGUUCAUCAUCGACAGCUCUCGCAGCGUGCGUCCCGGCGAAUUUGAGAAGGUCAAGAUCUUCCUGGCCGACAUGGUGGACACGCUGGACGUUGGACCCGAUGCCACCCGGGUGGCCGUGGUCAACUACGCCAGCACGGUCAAGAUCGAGUUCUUGCUCAAGGACCACCUGAACAAACCCGACAUGAAGCGCGCCAUCACCCGCAUCGAGCCCCUGGCCGCUGGCACCAUGACGGGCCUCGCCAUCAAGACGGCCAUGAACGAGGCCUUCACUGAGCAGUCUGGCGCCCGCCCCCGCUCCCGCAAGAUCUCCAAGGUGGCCAUCAUCGUCACGGACGGGAGGCCCCAGGACCAGGUGGAGGAGGUGUCGGCCGCCGCCCGGGGCUCGGGCAUCGAGAUCUACGCGGUGGGGGUGGACCGCGCCGACAUGCGCUCCCUGCAGCUGAUGGCCAGCAUCCCCCUGGAGGACCACGUCUUCUACGUGGAGACCUACGGUGUCAUCGAGAAGCUGACAUCCAAGUUCCGGGAGACCCUGUGCGGUGUGGACCCCUGCGCCAUGGGACACCACUGCGAUCACAUAUGUGUCAACAGCAACGCCUCCUAUUACUGCAAGUGCCGGAACGGUUAUAUCUUGAACACGGACAAGAAAACAUGUUCCAUGAAACAGGUGAAGGCUGCGGUGGUACAGGACCCCUGUAAAUGUGAAGCCAGGCUGGCGUUCCAGAGGCAGACGCAGAGCGCCAUCCAGCAGCUCGUGCUCUCACUCAGUGACGUCACAGGGAGGGUGAAGCAGCUGGAGAGCGCAUUGGGUCGUGCUUAGGGGGAACGACCCACCAGACUGUGUGCAUCCUGUCGGAGUCACAGACAUGGACCAUUGCAACACUGGCACGCAGUCCCUCUCACGUCCUGUGUCUAUGGAUGGCAUGUUAUACAGAGCUAUUGUUUGGAAACAAAAGGCUUUUCAUUAUUUGCAAUUUAUACAUUUUGUUCAUUUUUGGCUAUUCAUAAUUAUUAUUUUGUAAUGUUGAUGUGGAAAUAUAGAUAAAUAAAACGAUUUGUAUGGCGUUUCACUUAAUCUCUUAAAUACACACAUAUAUUAUGUAUAUAUGCAUACUUAUAAAUACAUAUAUAUAUGUAUAUAUAUAUUAGUUUGAAAAAUAAACUAGUUUUAAUAGUUACAAUUGACAAAGAUAUAUUAUUUCUGCUGUUAGAAUUCUUGUUCCUUUACUACAAAAUUGAUAUACAGCCUUUUCUAUUGUAAAAUAUAUAUGAAUGAUUUUGGUUAACGAAAAUGUGGUUAACUGUUGCUUUAUUUACAACUUUAUAGAUGUUUUUUGCAUUUAUUUAUAUUUUUAUAAUUGCAAGAUAUUAUUCUCUUUCCUGUUCCCUGUUAUCUUGUUUUAAAAUAAGUAAUUUAAUAUGUUGUUAAUCAGCUCUUCUAAAGACAUAACACUGAUUGGUUUUCUGUCUUUCCUUUUUUAUUGAUAUUCUGAAAUGUUAUGACAUUAAACAUGUUUCGUUCUUCAACUUAAA